AUGGGUUUAAAUUCUUCCAAACGCAGUCCGCGCAGUUAUGAUAUUGCACCAAUUGUAUCCGACAAGGAAUUUCGUUAUAAGAAGGCAACAAAGGCAUUACCCGAUGUUGCAGUGCCACAAGUGAUUAUUGCACCAGAAGCAGAUGAAGAUUCACAGCCGGAAAAUGAGAAAAACGUCAGAGAAGUUGUCAAUUCCGAUAAACGUACCACAAAUAUAAGCAUUCCCACGUGGAUACAUAUGAGUACCUUCCAUGAACUUUUACAACGCAUAGAAUCCGAAUUUCUAGAAAUUAUAUCCUUUCAAGUCCAACCCGCCUUGGCACCAGGAGAAAAUUAUUCCACAUUAAUGCUGAAAAUAAAAAUCACAAUAAAACUCAAGGAUAAGUCCACAAAAAAACUAUCCUUUAUGAUGAAAGUGGCCCAUGACAAUAAUGAAAUGAAGGAAUUACUGCAAAUCAAAAAUUUCUUUGAUGUUGAAAACGAGGUCUACCACAAUGUCAUACCGGAAUUGGAGCAAAUGUAUCAUCAGGCUGGUAGUGAGGUGACAUUUGGUGCCAUAGUCUAUGAAUUGCAUGACGCAGAACCCUCAUCUAAUUAUGUCCUCUUAGAAGAUUUAAGUCUGCGUGGCUAUAAAAAUGUUAAUCGCUUGCAAUGCCUAGAUAUGGAACACACUAAGGCGGUGUUACGAAAAUUAGCUACAUUUCAUGCAGCAUCAGUUUGUCGUGUCUAUCGAAAAGGACCGUAUUCUGAAACAUUUUCCCCUAAUUUAGAAAAUCCAAAGGGUCGUGAAUUUAUUUCGCAAAUGUUUAGUUCAUUUAAGAAAUCAUUUAUGGAAAAUUUGAAAUUAUAUGAUGACGGUGAAAAAUAUCAUGACAAUAUGAGUAAAUUUUUCGACAAUGUUGUAGACGAGUUCACUCUCGGUCGCCGACCAAAUCCCGCAUACUUUAACGUACUCAAUCACGGAGAUGCCUGGUGCAAUAAUAUUCUCUUCAAACACAACGCCGAUGGCCAUGUCGAGGAUGUUCUUUUUGUUGACUUUCAGAAUUCCAAUUAUGGUUCAGUGGCUCAAGAUCUAUUCUAUUUUAUAAUAUCAUCAACACAGAAAGAUAUAAAAGUGGAGCAAUUUCAUUAUUUCAUACGUUACUAUCAUCAACAUCUGGACGAAAAUCUUCGAUUACUUGGAUAUCCGAUAGAGAAAAUUCCAUCACUUUGUGAAUUGCACCGGCAGUUAAUUCACUAUGGUAGCUGGGCCACAAUUACAUCAUUCCUAACAAUGGGCAUUGUUCUGUUGGAUCCUACGGAUAAGGCGAAAUUUGAAAAUUUCAUAGGCGAACAAAAAGAGCAUUUAGAAUUUAAGAAUACGAUAUAUUCAAACCCACGUUAUGUGGAGCAUAUGAAUGAGGUAUUGCCAUGGCUAUAUCAUCGGGGUUUUAUGGAAACGAGGGAUUGUAGCAAUGAUGGUAAGGAUUUGCCAACAAGGGACUAG